UAGAGUUUCAGGGGUUUUGGCGAUCUCUUGGCUGGUGAGAGAAUUCUGCAAGAGAUAGGGAGGGGAGGAGAAGAAGAUUUAAAAAAAAAACAAUAAAUCAAAAUGUUGAAUUUUUGGGCUUUAUAAGUGCGUGAAGGAAGGACUCAAGUUCGGAUCGAGAUUUAGGGAUCGACUGUGGCUGUUUCCGAUCUCUUUGAUCACCUGCGUUGGCUUGUUUCUCCGGCGAUCUAUUUAUUGUUCGUGAUUGAAAUUGUGUGAAUUGGGCAGUUUUCCUCGAGAAUCCGAGGAUUGUAUGGCUUUGCCUUCGAAGGCCAGCAGAUGGAUUAUGGUUUCUUCUUUAAUUAGCUCCUGAAUUUGUUCUUUAGCUAAAUUCAAAAGAAAUGGUUUUUCAAAAGAAGUUGGACGUUGGAUUCAUUGGAUGCCAGAUACCCACAAUGCCACGGUUUCCGAGAUCAGCGAGGGGAAAACGUUCGCCCCCAAAGAAGGUUGAGAACAACCAAAUGCAUCCAUUUGACUUGCUUGCAACUGUAGCUGGAGAGCUGUUAGAAAAGAGAGAGAGCUCCUGUUCGUUAUAUGAGACAGCAGAAAGAACCAAAAAUCAUGUCAAUACUAUCAAGCAGAAACAUCUUGACAAUGGAAGUCCAUCCAAAAGUGAUGUCUUUGAUCAGGGAAGCUGUGAUGAAGGGAGCUUUGUUGCGAGAUUUGUCUCUCAUGAAGAAAGACGUGCUGCAUCUGCCCUCGCACUUGUGAAAUCUGAUGUAUCAGAGAAGGACGGUUUUGCUAGGAAGUCUGCACAAUCUAUAGGGACUCUAAAGUGCGAGUUGCAGAAGCUAAAAGCAACUGUCAGUUUGAAGAAUGAUCGUAUAGGGAUUCAUAAUUUGGAGGAUCCAAUGAUUUUGGAUAGCAAAGCUAUAGCUUUAGUCAGUUCAGAUAGCAGUGUUGAGCUUACACCUUCUGUAGAUUAUCAUAGUGCUUACAGUAGCUCCUUUCAGUCAGUUAAAGAUGGUGCGGAAUUAGUUGUAGAUAAAGAUGAUGACGAAAAUUCUUCAGGGCGCACUCAUAAUUGCGCCUUAUAUUCCAAGGCAUUUAAGCCACAUUGUACAGUUGAACGUAGGGUAAGGAAAAUGACUACUUCAAACUACUGGAAAGCUGAUCGAGAAGCCAUGAUCAAUGAUGGAGAGAGAUGGAAUCGUGAAAUCAAGCCUGCUCUUCAUUCUCGGAAGCUUUCUUAUACUCGACAAAGGACACAAAGGUGCUCAUUCAAGAGGAAGAAGUUGCUUGAGCGCUUCUCAUCUUCAGCUUCUAAUGGAGGCUUUUGCAGUCAAGAUGUGCCUGAUUCGCUAGUGAAAUGUGAUACCAAGUUUGAUUCUAGUGAUCCCCAAGCUCAUUUAAAUGACGCACAAGGUAGGUCCUGCUCGACAACGGAUCAAAGAUUAUCAUAUGAGUCAGCGGACCAUCCUGUCAAAUUGAGCAUCAAAUCUUUUAGGGUCCCGGAACUCUUUAUUGAGAUCCCUGCAAAUGCCACUGUUGGCUCUCUUAAGAGGACCGUUAUGGAAGCUGUGACUGCUGUACUUAGCGGUGGACUACGCGUCGGUGUACUUCUCCAAGGGAAGAAGAUUCGAGAUGACAACAAGACUCUAGUCCAAGCAGGAAUUUCUAAUACAGAUAAGCUAGAUAAUUUGGGUUUUACACUGGAGCCGAAUCCAAAUAGAGCUCCUCCGCCUCACAAAUCAAAUUCUCGUGAACCAGAAUCCCCCAAUAAGAUUCUUAGUCAUGCAGAUCAAGCGACUCCUGAUACCAUUACCCAACCUCCGCCGCCCAAUACCACAGCAAACUGUACAGACAGUGACCAUGAUUCCGUUCACUCGCACGCUAACCCUUCAUCAUCUGUGGAUCAAAUGUACGACAAUUCUAAAGCACUGGUUCCGAUUCUUGCCGUGAAAUCUGACGCUCUCUCUGUCAUUCCUCUUCGCAACUCAAGGCGGUCUGAGAUGGUUCGUCGGAUCCGACGGCCCUUCUCCGUUUCGGAGGUGGAAGCUCUUGUCCAGGCUGUGGAAAAGCUUGGGACUGGAAGGUGGCGAGAUGUCAAGCUCAGAGCCUUCGACAGCGUGAAGCAUCGUACCUAUGUGGACUUGAAGGACAAGUGGAAGACAUUGGUGCACACGGCUAGGAUAUCCCCUCAACAGAGAAGGGGUGAGCCUGUGCCACAGGAUCUACUCGACCGUGUUCUCUCGGCCCAUGCCUAUUGGUGUCAGCAGCAGGCUAAGUCGACUCGACUGGCCGAGCCAUACCUCCUCCCUGCAUAAGCUUAAUGCCGACCGGGCGGCAUUUGCAGGUUAAACCAUGUCUGAAACUCAAAAAGGAAUAACGAAAGAGGUAAAAAGGAGUAACAUUAGAAAGAAGUUUAUGUAAAUGAUAUAACCUUCAUGAUUCUUGUAGCCAGGUUUGACCCUCUUCUCUCAAGAGAAAGGUUUUACUGGUGGUUUGUACAUGACACUGUUGUGCUGCUCCAGACUGGGAUUAGAACGGUGGGGGGAAGUUUCUCUUAUCUCUUGCUAACUGAGUUCCUUUCUACGCCAUUCCAUAUUGGAGUUUCCUCUUUUAUUAAAGGGAUAGAAGUAUUCGAUAACUUGUCUGAUUUUGAUGAUUUAAUUCAUUCUUUUCAUCUGACUUCUUUUUGUUAGGCAAAGUGAAAAGAAAUGAUUUUACUUAUUUGCUUUGGAUGUAUUGCUUUGGUUCAUUUAUUGUCAAUCUCUAAACUAUUGGAAUCUUAAUAAUAAGAGAUGAAUUCUUUCAUUCUUUG